UAACGCGAACGGAAAAGCAUUAUAAGUAUUUUUUCCUUCAUCCAAAAUAGUGCUAUAUCCAAUCCACAAUACUUCACCACUUCUAAGUCUUUGACGUUUCGUGGCCUUGUUGUUUACGAUUCGGACCUAGAAAGGUUUUGUCAGCUUUCGGACUUCGCCAACUUUUCAUGGGUAGUUUGAUUUAAUUCAAAAUGUGGGGUACGCAUGCGUGGGAAAGUGUGCUGCUUUAUGACUUAAUGGCGACACUGUGGCAGAAAUUAUUUCCGAGAUUUCUCCAGUAUUAUUUCUUCUAGGAAAGACUUCCGAAAGAAAUCACAGGAAAAGUUCUUCGAGGAAUCCACGUAAGAGUUCCGGAAGAAAUUCCGGACAGAAGUCCAGAAGAAUUUCCCGAAGGAACCUCAAAAGGAGUUCCCGAAAAAAUCCUGGAAGUAUAUCCUGGAGGAAUCCCGAAAGGAAAUCAAAAAGCAGAAGCAGUCCCCGACAGAAUUCCGGAAGGAGUUCCUGGAGGGAUCCCGGAGAAGAUACUGAAAGAAGUUCUCGCCAAAAUUCUUGUAGGAUUCCUGGAAAGAUCUCAGAAAGAAUACCUGAAAAAAUCCAUGGAAUUUCUGGAAGCAAUCCCUGACGGAUUUUUAGAAAGAGAUUCUGAAGGAAUCUUUGGAUUAGUUCUUGAGGAAAUUCCCGAAAGAAUUCCUAAAUAGAGGAAUUCCGGGUGAAAUUGCUGGAAUUUCCAGGAACACUUUCUGGAAGUCCAACAAAACUUCUAAAGGAAUUCCAAAAGAAACUGUUGGAAGAACCUCGGAUGGGAUUCCUGGAUGAUUCCCGGAUUUCAUUGAGAAAUCCCGGAAGAAAUCUCAUGAAGUUCCAGAAGGAAUCUUGGAAGGAGUUUCUGGAGAAAUCCCAGAUGGAACCUUUUAAGAAUCUCAGAAGGGAUCCCAGUGGAAAUUUCUAAAGGAACCCCAAAAAAAAACUCAGAUUGAGCUUCCUGAGGAAUCACAAAAGGAAAUCCUGGAGGGAUCCUUGAAUAAAGUUGUGGAAAAACAACUAACAAAUGGAGAAAAAUGAAGGGGUAAUCCUAGAAAGAAUUCCUGAAGGAAUCUCAAAAUUUAUUUAUAGAGAAGUUUCGGAAGGAAUUUUGAUGUAAUCUAGGAGCAGAUUGUGCUCCUGAAGUAAUCUUAAAAUGUAUUACUUAAGAAAUCCCAGAAAGGAUCUCUGGAAGAAUCCUGAAAGAACUUCCUCGAGGAAUCCUAGCAAGAGCUCUUGGGGGAAUUCUAGACGUAAUUUUUUAAGAAUCUCAUAAGAAAUAAACCCCUGCAAAAAUCUCAUGAAGCACUCCCUAGGAAUCCCAAAGAAACUCCAGUAAAGUCCUGAAACAAAUUUGUGGAGAAACCGUGAAGGAUCUGUUGGAGGUAUCCCGGAUGGAUCCCAGAAGGACCUCCUGGAGAGGUGCCACCGCUCGGCUUCAAGCGUUUCUCACGGGAUUUUCUCGGAGAUCUUUUCAAAAUGUAUAGAAAGGUUGUUCAUGAAUUUCACUUAGUGGUUUUCUGGAAUAGCUUUCCAACAAUUUCCAACAAACGAGAGAAAAAGAAACACGAGAAAAUCUAAGAAAAUCUAAGCAAUUCCGCGACACAAUCUGAUGUCCUGAAUCCUGGAAGAAAUUCCACAAAAAAAUCUUUGGGCAAAUUUCUCCACAACAUUUAGCAUGAAAAUUGUUAGAAAUUUCAACUCUAGAAAAAAGAUGAUUAGCGGCAGUAUAGACAGACAUUACAGGCGUUGGCGUCCUAAACAAUUUGAUUUUACUGUAAAAAGUUAUCGAAUUUUCAAGCGGUUAUCGUAUAAUUUCAGUUUUAAUCAUGUGAAUGGAAUCGUACUAAAAACUUUUCAGACUUUCGAAAGUGAGCAAAAAGUUCGUCUGAAAAAAAAACACGGAAAAUUGUGAAAGCAGGUCUUACGCCCUAUCGAUCAGUUCGUAGCCAACAACAAUCUAUAGCUAAUUAUUAAUUGCCUUGGCUUUAUCUUCCCAGACGUUUACUGCCUCAUCAAAGGAAAUCAAAACAAAACAUCAAAAAAAUCGUCAGGCGUAACCAUUUAUGAGCCCCUACUGUAAUCAAACUGUGUAUACGUAGUGGUAGAAUCACGCUGACGUUCGGAUACGAACGAACACUGCAAGAAAUACUGUGAGAAGAUAGCACAAAUACAAAUUUAUUUUAUGAUGAAAAGUAAACACUGCUAAGAAUUUAAACAUUUCAAUUUUGUUUAAACUGAACAUGAAUUAAUCAAAAAAUAUUUCAAACCAAAUCAACGUAAACCUUUAUUCAAGACAAUAUUCGUUCUAUGAGAACGAUGAAACCUUUGUAUGCAACUUGAUUUAAAGUCAAAUGAAAUUUAGCGUGUAUGGUGCGACCUAUCACCGCUAUUUUGAAGUGAUCAAAAUUCAGUCAGAAUAAUAAGACUGAGACGACAGUCUGCUUUGUUGAAACAUUGUUCAACAACUUGAAGUUGUUUGUGGUUUGUGAAACAAUUUUUGAAGAAAAAGUUGUGCUUGCACCCAUUGAAAAUAAGAAUCCAAUCGAGGGCAGACAACGAAUGUGAGAAUUGGCAUAUCCGCGAAAAUGUUCCUUCUUCGUUCAAUUCCUCUCAGAGCAUCACUGACCCAGCGAAAUAAUAUACAAAAUUUAUGCCUCCGGUUGGCAUCAACUCAUCGCGAAAUUCCUGCGCUCACCAAGGAGCGCUACCCGGUGAAACGUGGUCAGUUCUCCGAAGUGACCGACAGUGAUGUGGCAAAGUUCGAAUCGAUCCUCGGUGGCAGCAGUCGGGUGUUGCAACAGGCUGAGGACAUUCAGGGAUAUAACAUCGACUAUCUGGGCAGUGUUCGAGGCUACAGCAGAGUAGUGCUGAAGCCGAAGAGUACCGAGGAAGUGGCGGAUAUCAUGAAGUACUGCAACGAAAGGAAACUGGCGGUGUGUCCCCAGGGAGGAAACACCGGAUUGGUCGGAGGAUCCGUUCCGGUAUUUGAUGAAGUGGUCAUAUCUCUGCAGCUGAUGGACAAGAUUGAACAAAUCGACGAAUACUCAGGGAUUCUAGUUUGUCAGGCUGGAUGCGUUUUGGGAACUUUGGAGGAGAAAGUUAACGAUAAGGGCCUGGUGAUGCCACUGGAUUUGGGUGCGAAGGGAUCUUGCCACAUUGGAGGAAACGUUUCAACAAAUGCCGGUGGAUUACGGUUGGUUCGUUAUGGAAAUCUGCACGGAUCGGUGCUGGGUGUGGAAGCUGUAACAGCGGAAGGGCGAGUCAUGGAUCUCAUGUCCAACUUUAAGAAAGACAACACCGGUUAUCAUCUCAAACACCUGUUCAUAGGCUCGGAGGGCACAUUGGGCAUCAUUACGAAACUGUCGAUCUUCUGCCCGACGGCGUCAAAAUCUGUGAACGUAGCUUUCCUGGGUUUGGAAAGCUAUGAUGCGGUCAAGAAUACAUUCAUGGCAGCUAAAAGAGGACUAGGGGAAAUUCUAUCGUCAUGCGAGAUGAUCGAUGAGGCGUCUCUGGAGAGCAGCACAUACCAUUUCAAUCUACAGUCUCCUAUAGAGAAAUAUCCAUUCUACAUGCUGAUUGAAACUUCGGGAAGCAACAUGGCGCACGACGAAGAGAAACUCUCUAACUUUUUGGAAAGUUCUAUGGAGAAUGGGCUAGUACUGGAUGGGACCGUUACGAACGAACCAACUAAAAUGAGAAACAUCUGGAAACUCCGCGAAUUGAUCGCCGAUAGUCUGAUCAACGAUGGCUACUGUUUCAAGUAUGACAUCUCGCUUCCGCUGGACAAUUUUUACGACAUUGUCCUCGCGGUACGGGAUCGUGUUGGACCACUGGCUACCAAAGUCACAGGCUAUGGCCACAUCGGUGAUUCCAACCUGCACUUGAACGUCUCCUGUCCGAAGUUCACGCCUGAGAUCUACAGACUGUUGGAACCGUUCGUGUACGAAUACACCAGUAACGUGAGAGGAAGUGUUAGUGCAGAGCAUGGAAUAGGGUUCCUGAAGACAAAAUAUUUGAAAUACUCGAAGCGGCCGGAAUCGCUGCUACUGAUGCAACAGAUGAAGCAAUUGAUGGAUCCUAACGGAAUCCUGAAUCCGUAUAAAGUGCUACCUCAGGUUUAAUGUGUGUUAUGUAAAACUAUUUAAUUUUGUAUGAAUAAAUAUAUAAUCUUUUUGUAAAAUU